UAAGGGAGAGUUAACUUUUUCUAAUUAGCCUACACAUUUGUUUUAUCAUUAGUAAGCAUCUAAUUAAACAGCAGCUCUAUGAAGUCAAGCACUAUAGAUUAGAUUAAAGUAGAAGUUAAAGUAAUUAAUUACUGUUAAAUUACUUAAAGGUAGGAUUAGGAAUAUAGCAGGCCCACAACAUUUACACCAAUGAGCAUUUUACAGGGUCCUCAUUGCUACAGCUAGCACAUUAGCACCGCACUCUACGCAUGCGGCUCACGUGCGCAUGUGACAGUAAUAUGAUUCAUGCCAAGAUUAAGCAAUGUAAGCAGCCAGCCGCCCAGUCGGCCAAAGCUUUUAAUUCAAUCUCCUUUUGCCAUGUGGAACUCUCUGGUUUGAAGAUAGAAAGAAACGGCGGUCGCCCAUUGGCCACUAAGAAAAAUGUGCUGUUAAAAAAGCAUCCCUUUUCUUGUCUUGCAUUAAAUCCAAACCUUCAACAAACUAAAGCCACAAGAUUUUCCAUAUAAAUGCUUACCACCCAACUCACCAAACCAUUCCAAACUUCGAACUUCACUUUUCCGUUUAUAAAUUUUCACAUCCCCUUCUAAGUUUCCACAUUACCAAUGGACUGGACCCGUGGCAGAACCAUUGGCCGCGGAUCCACUGCCACCGUCUCCAUUGCCACCGCUAACCUGUCCGGUCAUGUCUUUGCUGUUAAGUCCUCUGAGCUCUCUCAGUCAGAAUCUCUUAGAAGAGAACAGAGCAUUCUAUCUAAAAUAAGCUGCCCUCAAGUUGUAGCAUAUGAAGGGUUUGACAUUUCAUCCGAAAGUGGUACGCUUCUAUACAAUCUUUUUUUAGAAUAUGCUCCCAACGGCACCAUCAUGGAUGCAAUUCACAAGCACGGUGGUUGCCUUGAUGAAGCCAUGGUUCGAUCAUACACUCGAGGAAUUUUACUUGGCCUUGACUUUCUUCAUUCUAGUGGAAUAGUGCAUUGUGACAUCAAAGGUCAGAAUAUUUUGGUCACAGAUGAUGGGGUGAAAAUUGCUGACUUGGGUUGUGCUAGGCGAGCUGAUUUGGUGUCGACUGCCGCCCGCUCAUUCGCCGGUACUCCUGUUUACAUGGCACCAGAGGUGGCGCGUGGCGAGCAACAAGGAUUCCCUGCUGACGUCUGGGCUCUUGGAUGUACAGCCAUCGAGAUGGCUACCGGACGAGCCCCAUGGCCUGAUGUUGGCGAUGCUGUAUCGGCCCUGUACAAAAUUGGAUUCUCAUGUAAUGUGCCAGAAAUACCAAGCAAUAUUUCAGAGCAGGCAAAGGAUUUUUUAAGCAAGUGUUUGAGGAGAGACCCUGUUGAGAGAUGGUCAGCAACCGAACUUCUUGCACAUGAUUUUGUAAAGGAAUCAAAAUUUCCAGUGAAGGAAACUGAAGGUUCUAAAUUGGACACACCCAACAGCGUUAUGCAUCGACACAUAUGGGACUCGAUGGAAGGGUUGGAUACAAUUAAGAUUCCUUCCAGGAAAAGUUGUUUGACCAACAAACCUUUAAUGAAAAGGAUGCAGCAAUUGGGUGAAGACAAUCUUGUUUUGUUCUCAAAAAUGCCCAACUGGGAAUGGGAUGAAAAUUGGCUAACAGUGAGAAGCAAUAGUAGUUUGGAAGUAGAAACGUGGCCUAGCAGACAGAACCAUGUUGAUGAACCCACCACAACUAGUUGUGGAGGAUACAAUAGCAGGGUGAGCAAGGAUUAUGAUUUACUAAUCGAUCAUUAUCCCACAAAGAUUAGCGAGCAAAAGACUGAUAACUCUAGCAGUAAUAGUGGUGAAAGUAGCUAUAAAACUAGUUCAUUGAUAUUAUGUAUAAAAUUGAUUUACAUCAAUGAGAAAUAUUACUUUUCUAUGCCAUUUUUUACUGCUUGCAUUCUUUCCUACUAUAAAUGACUCCAACGAAGUUGUUUUGUUCGCAAUUUUUCUGGGUGGUAAAUCAUUAGUUAAGUGCACAAUUUAAAUUCUAUUCGUCCAUUAAGAGCGUUAUCAAGUGGUGAUCAUUGAGCAAAGGAUUGGUUGGCCUCGUCCAUUAAUUCUUUCAGAACCAAGGAGCAAAUUGGACAUCUCAAGGAAAGAUAUCCAACCCACACAAAAGCCACCAAGCCUACUUCAGGGUCCAAAGAAAAAAAAGAAGCAGGUGCUGCUCCAAAGUCUUUUUUUCUAUUAGACUGGACCUAGUGUCGAAAGACUGGAAAAAGACCAACGCUUUUCUGUUUACAAUCCACAGUCCAGUCUGCUAACUGCUACGACAUUCCCUUUUUCCUUUUCUUUUUCUCUGUCAAAACAAAAAUGGCAAGCCCUAAAAUCAAAUUCCAAAUCUGAAUGAUUAUCAAGUCGUAAUCUUUCAUCAAAGGAUUGGUAGUUUUUCCUAUAUUCAUUAAUAUUUGGAGAAUUAAGGAGCAAAUCGAUUAGGUGUUGUAUAAAUAAUAAACAUACGGACC